AUGAAUCUCAAUUCCAUUUUCUCGAACACUGUCCUCGUACAAUCUUUUGAGAGCCUGCAGGCCAGUCAUCCCGCGCGGGAGGUCAUCGCAGGCUCCGUAGUGAAUAAUGUGACGAUCUGCAAAACACGUCAGAUGCCCAAUAUACUCGGAAAAGCAGACUCGCUAGAGUUGGACGAGGCCCUCCAUGCUUCUGCCGUUCUUAUGCUUGGAGAUCGAGCAGGUUCCUUCGCCUGCGAGUCUAAAACCAUGAAGAUCCAGAAGUUGCUUCUUCUACCUACUGUCUCCUCGGCCACAUCGACGGGCUUUCCUACCUGCUUGCUCGGGCGCGGCGGAUGGCAACUGGGUCACGGCAGACUCGAUCUUUCUGCUUUUGCGGCAUAUUGA